AUGAGAUAAAAUGAUAAACAUCCUGUCAAAUCAAAAAUUCCUGUUGCAAAAGGCAAACAUGCUUUUGAGUGUGGAGGCCAAACAUUUGUGGUGGAUGAGAAAUAUGAAUUCAUUAAACAAAUAGGACAAGGAGCUUAUGGGGUAGUAUGCUCUGCUAAAAACAAAAAAAAUGGAUAGAUGGUUGCAGUUAAGAAAGUAUCUAAAUUAUUUAAUCUGGUGGAUGCUAAAAGAAUAGUGAGAGAGAUUAAAUUGCUAAAGUUUUUUGAUCAUGAGAACAUUAUUUCUUUAGUGGAUUUACCUAGACCGGAAUCAAAAACAGGAUUCAAUGAUAUUUAUAUAAUUACAGACUUAAUGGGCACAGAUUUGCAUAAAGUCAUUUAUUCAUCAUAAGCUUUGACAGAUGAACAUAUCUAAUAUUUUGCUUAUUAAAUGUUAAGAGGGUUACUUUACAUACAUACAGCAAAUGUUAUACAUAGAGAUUUGAAGCCUAGCAAUAUCCUAUUGAAUAAGGAUUGCGACUUAAAAAUUUGUGAUUUAGGAUUAGCCAGAGGAUAUGAAUCCGAGGAAGAAUUUAAAACGGAAUAUGUGAUUACAAGAUGGUAUAGGGCACCAGAAGUUAUUUUGAAUGCAUCUGAAUAUACAAAGGCAGUUGAUAUCUAUGCUGCAGGAUGUAUUAUAGCAGAGCUUUUAGGUCGUACCCCAUUAUUUCCAGGUGAGGACUAUUUAGAUUAAGUAUAGAGGAUUAUUUCGGUCUUAGGAACACCAACUCCCGAUGAUAUGAAAUACAUAGGAAAUCCAAAUGCGAUAAAUUACAUUAAAAGUUUGCCUAAAAGAACGAAGCAGUCAUUCGCUCAACUCUAUCCUAAAUCUAAUCCAAAAGUUUGUGAAUUAUUAACUAAAAUGAUAACAUUUAAUCCAGAUAAAAGAUACACUGUCGAAUAAUGUUUGGAACAUGAUUAUUUUGAUGGAUUACAUAAUCCAGAGGCUGAACCAAGAUGUGACAAGGUUUUUGAUUGGGGUUGGGAUAACUUUGAGUUAAAAAGAGAAACUUUAUAAAAAAUGGUUUAUGAAGAAUCUUUAUAAUUUAAUCCUGUGAAAUUGUGA